GCCUCAGUUCAUUGCGUGUUCUCACUACAGACUCAUUACAGUCAAGCUGUGAGAAUUCAAGUUCAAGCACAACAUUUCCUUUUAUAAGCUUUUAUUUGGGUACAUAUUAAAGCCACUGCCUUCAAAAUGCGCGAGUGCAUCUCUGUUCAUGUAGGUCAGGCAGGUGUCCAGAUUGGCAAUGCCUGCUGGGAACUCUAUUGUCUUGAGCAUGGCAUCCAGCCAGAUGGUCAGAUGCCCAGUGACAAAACUAUCGGUGGUGGAGAUGAUUCCUUCAACACUUUCUUCAGUGAGACUGGAGCUGGAAAGCACGUUCCCAGGGCUGUGUUUGUCGAUCUGGAGCCCACGGUCAUAGAUGAGGUUCGCUCUGGAGCAUACCGCCAAUUGUUCCACCCUGAGCAGCUCAUUACAGGGAAGGAGGAUGCUGCAAAUAACUACGCUCGUGGUCACUACACUAUUGGCAAGGAGCUAAUUGACCUUGUACUGGACAGGAUCCGUAAACUGGCUGACCAGUGCACAGGUCUGCAGGGUUUCCUGGUUUUCCACAGCUUUGGUGGUGGAACUGGUUCUGGUUUCACCUCCCUGCUGAUGGAGCGCCUGUCUGUUGACUACGGUAAGAAGUCCAAGCUGGAGUUCUCCAUCUACCCAGCUCCCCAGGUGUCUACUGCUGUGGUGGAACCUUACAACUCCAUCCUGACCACUCACACCACCCUAGAGCACUCUGACUGUGCCUUCAUGGUGGACAAUGAGGCCAUCUAUGACAUUUGCCGUAGGAACCUCGAUAUUGAGCGUCCUACUUACACUAACCUGAAUAGGCUGAUUAGUCAAAUUGUGUCCUCCAUCACUGCCUCUCUGCGUUUUGAUGGUGCCCUCAAUGUCGAUCUUACUGAAUUCCAGACCAACUUAGUGCCCUAUCCCCGUAUUCAUUUCCCACUGGCCACCUAUGCUCCCGUGAUCUCUGCAGAGAAGGCUUACCAUGAACAGCUCUCUGUGUCUGAAAUCACUAAUGCCUGCUUUGAGCCGGCCAAUCAGAUGGUGAAAUGUGACCCACGUCACGGCAAGUACAUGGCCUGCUGCUUGCUGUACCGUGGUGAUGUGGUGCCUAAAGAUGUGAAUGCUGCUAUUGCCACCAUCAAGACCAAGCGCACCAUCCAAUUUGUGGACUGGUGCCCCACUGGGUUCAAGGUGGGCAUCAACUACCAGCCCCCCACUGUGGUUCCAGGUGGAGACCUGGCCAAGGUGCAGAGGGCUGUGUGCAUGCUGAGCAACACCACAGCUAUUGCUGAGGCCUGGGCUCGUCUCGAUCACAAAUUUGAUCUGAUGUAUGCCAAACGUGCCUUUGUGCACUGGUAUGUUGGUGAGGGUAUGGAGGAGGGUGAGUUCUCUGAGGCCAGAGAGGACAUGGCUGCCCUGGAGAAGGAUUAUGAGGAGGUUGGUGCUGACAGCGUGGAGGGAGAAGAGGAAGGAGAGGAGUAUUAAGUUGAAGUUCUUUGCAAACACCCCCCCCCCCCCCCCCCCAUGUCUGUUCUAUGAACUGUCUUGUUUGUGUUCUUGUACUUGAUUUCAUAAAUGGCAAUAGCUAAACAAUAAAGGUGGAAAAAGGUUCCUAUGCA